AUGAUGAACCCCAAACCCUACCACUCCAUCCUCAGCUCUGAGACGCUGAGCAUGGCCACUCGAGCGUAUUAUGUCCAGUCCGAGAUUUUCCAUAUUCCCGAUCAGUUCGGCUUCUUCUCUUCCGGUCCACCUCCGCGUCAGGAAUUCGAGGUUGAGAGAGUUAUCACGCUGUUGUUCCUGCUAUCCAUCCUUAGUGCCCUGGAAUUGGUUGCCCUAAUUGUUUCAUUGCUCACUGAUAACUUUCAUUGGGAGUUCUUCAGUUUCUGUCUCGGGAUUAAUUGUUUACAAGUAGGGUUCUUUUGGGCUCUGGCAUGUUAUGGUCCUCUCAGUGACCCCGAGUUCGACUGGGGGUCCUGGGAAAUAGAGGAGAGGUGA